GGAGGAGGAGGAGGAGGAGGAGGAUACCACCGGACAGCCAAGCGCCUCCGGACUGAAGAGGAGGCCGGCGCAGAGGAGCUGGAGGACGGCGAGGAGGAGGAGGACUCCGCCGGUGAGGAAGCUGCGGGGAGCGGCGGCACAGAGAGCAGGAGCCGGAGGAGCGGAGGGAAGGACGGCGUGGAGGAGAGUCACCGCAUCCCGCCGUCCCCGGUCGUCCACGUCCGAGGCCUCUGUGACGCCGUGGUGGAGGCUGACCUGGUGGAGGCGCUCGACAAGUUCGGCAACAUCUGUUAUGUGAUGAUGAUGCCGUUCAAGCGUCAGGCUCUGGUGGAGUUUGACAGCGUGGAGAGCGCCGAGCGCUGCGUGUCGUGCGGAACCCGCGAGGCCGUCUGCAUCGCCGAGCAGCAGGCCUUCUUCAACUUCUCCACCAGCCAGAGAAUCACCAGGCCCACCAACGCAGACGACCCCAGCAGCGGGAACAAAGUCCUGCUGCUGUCCAUCCAGAACCCGCUGUACCCCAUCACCACCGAUGUUCUGUACACUGUCUGUAACCCCGUCGGAAACGUCCUGCGAAUCGUCAUCUUCAAACGCAACGGCAUCCAGGCCAUGGUGGAAUUUGAGUCAGUGGAGGACGCUCAGAAGGCCAAACUGGCUCUGAACGGAGCCGACAUCUACGCCGGCUGCUGCACACUCAAGAUCGAAUACGCUCGGCCCAACAGACUGAACGUCGUCCGCAAUGACAACAGCAGCUGGGAUUAUACCAAACCCUUCCUCCUGCACCGAGAGCGAGGAAAAGGGAGACAGCGUCAGGCCAUCCUGGGAGAGCAUCCAUCCAACGGCUACGGUCCACACUGCCCCCUGCUGCCUCUGCCUGCUAACAGCAGGUACAGAAGGAGCAGUGAGGAGGUGCAGGACAUGAUCUCCUACCCGAUGCUUCUCCCUAAGACCUCCUCCUCCUCGUCCUUCCUGGGCCAUGGAGCCUCCAGCUCAGUUGCCAUGGUGAGCGGCCUCCAUCCCGCCAAGAUGAACUGCAGCCGCAUCUUUAAUCUCUUCUGUCUCUACGGCAACGUGGAGAAGGUGAAGUUCAUGAAGAGCGUUCCUGGGACGGCGUUGGUGGAGAUGGGAGAUGAGUAUGCUGUGGACCGAGCCGUCACUCACCUCAACAGCAUCAAGGUGUUCGGCAAAAAGCUCAACGUCUGUGUGUCCAAGCAGCAGGCGGUCAUUCCCAGUCAGGUUUUUGAGCUGCCCGACGGCAGCAGCAGCUACCAGGACUUCAGUCUGACCAGAAACAACCGCUUCACCAGCGCACAGAGCAGCAGGAACAUCAUCCAGCCGCCCGCCGCCGUCCUGCACUUCUACAACGCCCCGCCCACCCUCAGCCAACACCAGCUGCGCAAGCUCUGUGCUGAACACGACGUUCCAGCCUUCGCCAAGUUCAAGGCCUUUGAUGCCAAACCCAGCUCUAAGACUCUGUCUGGUCUGCUGGAGUUUGACAGUAAAACUGAAGCUGUGGAGGCUCUGACCGUCCUCAACCACUACCAGAUCAGAAUACCCAACAGCUCCAACCCCUUCACCCUGAAACUCUGCUUCUCCACCUCCUCCCACCUGUGAGCCGGAAACAAGAUGAACCAGAGAGGACGUUUGUUCAUUACGAGAGGAGAAAAGACGAACAGAAGAUUUGAGUUUUUCCUGUCAUGUGUUUGAAUGGAUGAUUUUUGUGGGUGUUUUGUUUAUUUGACUGAUCCCAGCGAGGCAGCGUUUUAGACGUGACAGGAUAUUGAACAAAACUCAGGGAGGAAUCAAUAAAACCUGUAAACCAAUCAGAUACCAGCCUGGAAGAGAGACACAGUUUCAUGGUCGUCAACAACAUGACAUAAUUUGGACAUUAUUUUAUUUCAUUUACGUUAUUGAUAAAUCAAUGUGUGUGACAGAACAAGCUGAAGUUAGGAGUAAAAAAGGCUUCGUUCAGGUCAGUGUGUCUGUUUUCUGGUUGUAAAUUGAGUUUCUCUGUUUCGUCUUCAGCUGCACGUCUCUCUGAAUUACUCGGCCUUGAUUCUUGCUUUACUGAGGAACUGACAAACAUCAGUGAUGUUUCCUCCAUUCACUGGAAACAUGAACAGAAUUAAAAGCACAACAUCAUUAGUGGCCAGUGCUGAAGCCAUGUUUACAGAAUCAUUUUGGUUUUUGGUUGUUUGGACUUUGACUUUUUAGUAGCAAUACUUUUUGUUUGGCUCGUUUUCUUUGUGUACUUAAUGAAUUUGAAUCUCAUCUGGUCCCAGAAGUGAUCGUUAUAGUGAGCAGUUUCCAAAAAAUCUGUAAUACAGCUGCAAACCACAAUGAGAGCAAACGUAAACGUGUGAUGGUGAAAGUUUUGCCGUCAGGUGACAAAACUGCCCGAAUGACGCACAAUUAACCAUUUAACUGCUUAAACGUGAACUUUUUCAGGCUCUUUCAACAGGCUCACUGUAGAAUAACAAUAGCUUCCAUUUUUAAAGAUAUGCUAAACAUGUUAGCAUAAAGUUUGUGUGAGGAUGCUAAUGUUACCGUGUCGAUCCUGAAUUUAGAGAGCCGGACAAUCCACGGGCCUCGUCAGCUGUUGUCGUGGAGAUUAUUUCUUCUGGAAUCAUCCUGAGUAGCUGGGAAAGAUGGGAAGUGAUUACAUUUUCAAAGCUGUGAGCAGCACAAACUAAACUUCAUUCAGCUCCAUUAUUUUGGGUGGAGGCAAAAAUCUCUUUGUCUCCAAACCUGGAAAGAUAAAACCAAGACUGUCGGCAUGAAGUGACACCACCGGAGGAAAGAGGGAAAUAACUGUGUGUGUGCGUGUGUACGUGCGUGUGCGCGUGCAUGCCUGUGCGCGUGCGUGCCUGUGCGUGUGUGUGUGUGAUAUUUUGGGUGAAGCUCCCCUUCAGAAUAUCUUGAGGACAGAUUUUUAAUGGUGGAUGAAAUAUUAAACAGAACUGUGUUUGUGGUGUGUGAUUCUAAUAGACACCUGUCAGCCAAUCACAAACCAGUUUUCUGUACCUGUGGAUGCUGAUGGUAAUAAAAGUCCAGUCAAA